GCGCGUGCACCUGUCUUACCUGCUUGAGCACCAAUCCUCCGUCUUAGAGAACCUGGCGAAAUUCUCUCGAAGUCUGAGAAAUGUCUCAUCGCAAAUCUCCAAGAAUAGAUCUACAGGUGUUUCUGCGUUUCCAAUGGCAUGAUGCAUCACAGUAGGAAGUACUCGCCACCGCGCCACUGCGUCCUCGGGACGCCUCUAGUUGUGCCUCUUCUGAACCGAUUACCGACCUUUCGGGUGGAAGAAGCUAACCCGAUGGAGAAGAAUUCACCGAAAGCCAAAUCCAGAAUGCGCAACGCGAAGGUGAAGGCGGUGAAGAGAGCCCCGUCUCCCCAAAGACCACGCGUCUCUCCAAAACCCGUUCAAAGCGACGCGCUACCAAAGGUGGCGGAGAACGGUGGAGCCGGACAGCGCUCUCGAAAGAGGGGCUUCAAACCCCCUGAUGUGAGGACGAUAUUCGACCCACGCGUAAAAGUGGAGAGAGGAGAAGGACACUCGUUUUAUGAGGACGCGACGCACGCUUGGUGCGAUGUGUGUUGCUCGUAUAUCUUUCAAGAUGGCUUGACCUGCACAGGUUGCAAAUACACAUGUCAUGCUAAGUGCCGUGACCAGGUGGCGCUAGACUGCCAUCAGAACGGAUCCGUCAACGGCUGCCCACUCAGCGCUCUUGCUCAGGACCAUCUGAACAACAACCAGUCCUCACACAGUGAUGUGGAGAAAGAGAAAGAGCUGCGCACUCAUCUCACUCAUGAGGAGAUCAGAAAGAAGGUCGAGCAGUACAACGCAGACUCGCGUGACCACUUUAAAAUGACACUGAAUUCUAGCGGCAUGUACACAGGCUUCAUCAAGGUGCAGAUGGACCUGCGGAGGCCCAUCACGGUGAAAGGAGGUGGCGCAGGAGGGGUCAAAGGUCAAGAGGCGUUUUACCUUCCGCGUGGCUCCAUAAACACCCUGCACAUCAGCAGCACCAACACAGUGCGACAGGUGAUCGAAGCCAUGCUGAAAAAGUUCACCGUGGCCGACAACCCCGCCAAGUUCGCCUUGUUCAAACGCUUCAGCAGAGAAGACCAAGUUUACACCUGUAAGCUGUCAGAGGAAGAACACCCUCUGUUCCUGCGUCUGGUGGCGGGACCCAGCACUGACACGCUCAGCUUUGUCCUGAAGGAGCAGCAAACCGGUGAAGUCUUGUGGGACGCCUUUUCCAUCCCUGAACUGCAUAACUUCCUGCGCAUCCUGGAAAAAGAGGAACAGGACCAGAUCUGUUCGAUAACCAAACGCUACAACACCUACAGAGAGAAGCUGGAGGAGGCCAUGAGAGCAGUGGGCGGCCCAGGCUAAAGCCGACCUGCUGACAGAAGGAACUGCAGCACUGCUGCCUCUAGUGGUCACUGUCUGUAAUGAACACUAUGCCAAGUGGACACCCCUCAGAAACUCAGAGGAGAGCACUGACCUCCCAGAAUGCACCUCAGGUGCCAUAUUUACCCUUCCGCCCUCUUGUGAUCUCUCACAGUUUCAACCGUCGCAGUUAUUUCUCGUGUUUUCUGUUCUUUUACCUCGUGAAGUUGUGAAUGAUGCAAACGUGAAAUUGUUUUUUAUUUAAUUGUUGGAUGCUGUGGUUUGUAAAUAUUUCUGUUUGUUGUUUUAAUUUAUGUGGGUGAAGUUUUAUUCUUUUGUUUAUUUUACUGAAAGAGUCUUAUUUUAUUUCAAAUAUAUAUUAUUGACCAGAAGCUGAUUGGGUUGGGGAUUAUUUUUGUUUUAUAUUAAAUACCAUUUGACUCAUAAUGUGCCCUACCAAAGAUAGUGUUGGCAUUUGAUGUGCUGAGGACAAACGUAGCAAAGUGACAAAGACCUGAAAACCACGUGAGACCAAACGGACAGGAAGAGUGAGUUUGUGAUGGACAAGUUUGAAUGUGAUAAUGUAGGGGCAGGAAAUGAGGAAUCAUUAGUUUCUGAAUGGAUGGCAUAAAUGCAAAUUAAAAAUCAUAUUUUAAUUCAGAAAAAGUAUGCAUAAGGAUUCUUAGGUGAUGUGCUGGAAUUGUAACCGAACGGAUUUUAGGAAGUUGGAAAGAAGAGCUUAGAGGAUGUUUGAAAGCAUGUGGGAAGUGUCACGCUGAGCAGACUGAUGUUGGUCAGGGUCAGACGCUCUUUCUCAUGAUGGGACGUGAUGACCUCGGGUUUGAGCAGGGCACUCGUUAUUCAGUGAUCUCAUCAACCCUGGAAAAAGAGUUAGAGGACGUCUUUGGGACAAAUGACUGAAUAUAGAAGUAAUGAAGUUGUUUGUUUUGAUGCUACAGCCUGAAAAUGGUGGAUUUAAGCUACGUCUGUCAAAUUCUACUUGCAGUGUGAUCUUCCUUUCUGUAUAUGUAUAAUCACACUGAUCCGAUUUGCUGUAGCAAAUUCAGAUGUAGCUGAAAUGUUACCGUUGUGAAGUACAGUAAAAUAAAUAAAUAGACACGUUAAUGGUCAGUGCUACUUUGUCCCUGCAGCACUCAAGGUCAACACUAAUGGCGAUGAAUUUAAAUGAUACUUGUGUAUCAGUAGGUGGUUUAAUAUGUAUACUCAUUUAUGCUAGUGCUGCAUGACGGUUUCCUGAAGGGUACUGCAACAUUAUAUUGUGACGCAUUCAUUGCGAGGUAGCGACACCUUGUGACCAAAUGGUGUAACUACAUCUCUGCAGUCUUGUGUCUCACCUGUGUCAGUUAAUUCAAUUGUCUUAGACACAGAUUGUGUGCUUUUUUCUUUAUUAUUAUUGGUUUUAUAACCUCUAACCAAAGAUAUUAUUAAAAUGCAUAGUUUAAUUUAAGUUUGAAACCAAUUGCCUGGUGCAAUCAGUUUGAACACCUCAGUAAACCGAGGUUAAAUUACAGUAUCUAUCUUGUCCAAUGGUUUUACCAUGGCAACUUUAAUUGUAAACACUGGGGUAAAUUAGAGUAAUUUGUGUAAUUUUAUUGUGUGAAAGUAACAUCACAACAGUCUCAAUAUAUACAAUCGAAGAGGAUUUGUCAGGGGAAUAAGACCAGUAAUUUUAUAAAUGCUUUUUGGGCACUUUGUUUUAAUUCAGGGAGUUUUUUUUAUUAGUCUUCAUCAGAUGCCUAUCGCCUUCCACUGUUUUAAAUGGCAUUGCAUCUAGUGGAAGCUCAGUUAUGUUGUAUGAUUUUUUUUUUUUAAAUAAAUAAAGCUGUUUCAGUACUUGAUUUUUUUUUUCAUAUACAAGCUUCUUGUUUGUAGAGUAAGACUGUGAAUGAAUGUUAAAUUGUAUUCAUGUACAGUAAAGUGGUGUGGAUACGAGUGAACUGCUUCAAGACUUUUAAGUAUACGUGCAUGUGUUAUAUUAAUUCAUGCAUAUUUUAUGGCUGUUUUAGGACAUCACAGGGCAGUGCUGUUGAUCUUUCUGUUUAACAAGUUAGACAUAGUUUGCUCACAAAUCCCAUACUCUGUAUUUGCCAAAAAAUUCUCAUUUUCUUCCACAGUUUUAAGUUAAGUGGUUUUGUGGAUGUUAAUGAUGCAAGUUUCAUAUAUUGAAGAUGAAGCAACGACUCUGUUGGCUGAAGUGGCAUGAAUAUCGUCCUUGAGAGGUAUAGAAAAGCUUCACUAAAUAUGCAUUUAUAGAAUCCAAAUGAGUCCACAUGUCAUGCAUUUUUUACAAUGACGGGGUUCUUUGAGGGUUUGUAUUGUCAUCAAUCGUGGCCUUUCUUGUUGAAGACAUGGUUUCUUUAAAUAAAGAGUAAAUGUUUCUCAAUUCA